CAGUCAAUUAUGAUGAUGGCGUAACGUAAUAGUCAAUGUUUGGAAUUUGGAUUUUGUUACUAUAGUCUUUUAAUUCUUGAGCUUACAUUAUUUACUGAAACUUUUCAUCAAGAGUGUUUCUUUUCUUUCUCAACUAUAAUUAGGCCUAACUUACCUAAUAGAGAAUGAUGAUUUUUAUCUGGUAAAAUAGGCCUAGCCUAGUUGAUAAUAGUGUGUUUUUUUUAAAUUCAUUUGUAAAAGUCAAAGUUAUCUACCUACAAAUGGCAAGGCAGAGUAAUAUAAGCACUGGGGAGAAACUUCUUUCACUGAUAAAUGACAUAGAACUUAUAACUAAGGAAAUAUUAGAAAACACAAUUGCUCUAAAACAUCAAAAACUCAGUGGUCCAGAACAACAAAAUUUAACAGCUCUGCUGGUUGCUAAAGACAAUGAGCUAAAAGACACCCUAAAAGUGGCCUCGGAUCAAGCAAAGAUCAAUCAGAAGAUGGAUCUGUUAAGAACUGAAGUCGAACAACAAGAUCAAGACAUCCAACAACUUCAAAGGCAUUUAAAAGAAGCAGAACAAAUAUUGGCUACAGCGAUAUUCCAAGCAAAACAGAAGUUGCAAUCAAUCAACAGAGCGAACAAAAACCCAGUCCCUUCAGAAGAGCUGAUAAAGUAUGCUCACAGGAUAAGUGCGUCUAAUGCAGUUUGUGCUCCCCUAUCCUGGGCACCUGGGGACCCCCGCAGACCUUACCCCACUGAUAUAGAAAUGCGGCUGGGGUUCUUGGGACGGCUGAAUGACAUGCCAAUGAACGGUCACAUGAUGCAGCAGACUGCCAACAUGCCAGACAUGCUGCGACCUGCGGAUGCCCCACCUGCGUCUCAGCAGAACCAGUUCCAAUGGCAUCCCUCAGGGGAGAUCCACAUGGCUGUAGGUCAAGGCUCUGUACCGAUGGACACCCGCAACCACAACAAAGAUGCGGAGGAUGUGGAAGUCAUGUCAACUGACUCUAGCAGCAGCUCUUCUAGUGAUUCACAAUAAAACUUAUUUAUACAUUGUGGUUUUUACCUGAAUAUUGGAACCCAUAUUAAAAUAA